AUGCAGCUGUCUUUAACUCAUCCGUGCCUCUGUGCACUGCUUCUACUACUGAUGUCCAACCUGCUUUUGUGGGAAGAAGUGGCCUCAGUGCCCGUGUGUUUAAUGAGAAAUGGGCGUUGCCUUGCUCCUUUGGAAGUAAUGAUUGAUCGAGCAGUGAGCUUGUCUGAGAAAAUAAACAAACAAGCAUUUGAAAUGUUCACCGAAUUCGAUAAUCAGUAUGCCCAGAGCCACCAGCUCAUUAACAAGAACCUGAAAAAAUGUCACACAUCUUCGCUCGAUCUUCCAAAACCCAAGAGUAAGGCCCUAAAGACACAUCCAGUCAUCCUACUGAAAUUAGCAGAAAGCUUACUUGAUGCCUGGAGAGUCCCUCUGUACCAUCUAGCGAAAGAAAUGCCUACUCUGAAAGAUGCCCCUGCUACUAUCCUCUCCAAAGCCAGAGAGAUUGAGGAAAAGAACGCUGGACUCCUGGAGGGAGUUAGGAGCAUUCUCAGCCAGGUUCAAAGUAAAGAUGAAGGGAAUGUGAAAUACCCUGCCUGGACUGGACUGGUAUCCUUGCUGUCAGACAGUGAAGAGGAUCGCCAUUUUGCAUUUUAUAACUUGAUCCGCUGUGCAGGCAAAAAUGCUCAAAAGGUUGAAAUGUCUCUCAAGAUUGUGAAGUGCAGAAUAUUAAAGCAAAAAGACUGUUAA